AUGCAUCGCCACCACCACGCCGACUCUGAGAGCCUACGGAGUCGCAACUCCAGCUAUUCGAACAGUGAUUUUGGCAGCAGCAACCAGUCUCGUCAGUCUCACAGUACACAAGGUACACAGUAUACCGGGCCUUCGUCAAGACCUCCGUUUGUACACUACGAGACAUGUGAGGGAAGGCUUGAGGGCUCCCGGCUCGAAUAUUGUCACCAAAUCGAGGAUCCCAGGUCGUCCGUAGAGACCUAUGCCUCGACCGUGCCUUCGGAAGUCGAGGAUGACGAGGAGUCUUUGUCUGACGGACCCCGUCCAUUGCCUCGCCCAGACGUAUAUCAAAGCAGUGCGAUCCCAUCAACGCCGUCAGAUUUCGCCGAACUGUUUCCAUCAGAACGCCUCUUGUCGAUAAAACACGAUGACUCCACACCUGACGGCAACAUGAACCUCCGGGUUGACACAGUAUAUGAGAAUUCACGUUACAGCCCAAUCGAUGUCACUCUGUUUCACCUUCGCAUGCACGACCUGAAAACUAGGCAAUUCUCGUUGAGGAGAUAUUGCAGAGAAUCUGGCCGGGAGGUCUGCCAUUCCAUGCGUAAAUGUCAAAAGAGCACUGCUGAGCGAAGGCUGGAUAUCCAGAGGUCGCUCAGUAACGCCUUCGCAUCUCUUCGCACGAUAGCAGAGCACAAAGCAUCCACACCGUCUGCCGGACUCAAGAGAUCAGAUUCUGGAUACGAGUCGCUUCAGUCGUACAAAAGCUUCGAGCCCAACCAGCAAGCCGUCACACCAACCGGCCUUCUCAGCAGAGGACAUGUGCCUAUUCCCACUAAGACCAUCAAGCUUGAGUUCUCGAAUUAUGCACAGAUGGAGGUGAAGCGUCGUGGUGCAAAGAGUAGUAAACGAUAUGAGUUUGAGUAUUGGGGAGUUCAUUAUGUCUGGAAACGUAUCACGAAUCGAAUUGGCUCUUCGAAGGAAGUGUCCUUCUGCUUGUUUCGCAACAACGAGGACUGCGCUCUUGCCCGGAUCAAACCUGUUCUCAUGAGUGGUGUGCAACAACGCGAAGAGUUUGCGAAAGGAGGUUGGGUUCCGCCGUGCACUAUGGGCAUAACCGACGAAGAGAUCCUCGAGAAUCACAACGAAAUUACAGAUGUUGUUGUUGCCGCUGGUCUGAUAGCGCUGGUGGACGACUGCAUCAAGCGCCGGUUUCACACCAGACAAGUUCGUGGGAUUGUCGUUCCAAUCUCUAAGUUUCGAUUAGACAUGGAGUACACGAGUACCGCCAAACGUUCAGGCGAAGAACAGGCCCGUCGACCUUCAAUCAGGGGCUCCACUGCAAGUCGCCGGCCCACACCGCUUCGUAAAGGGAGUUGCGACGUAUAA